AUGUCGCAAGGCCCUAACAACAUUCCAUGUUCUGAGGGAUUGCAGGACUACUAUCCUAUCCCAGCUAAUUCAUGGCCUGAAGUGGAACCAUCCCAGUUCGUGGGCUUAAACCACGCAUACUGCACGGAGCCUCUGGUCCCACCAACCGUCUUGACUCCCAACAGUCUACCGGAUAACACAAUGAGGCCAAGCCCAGCCCUCAGUCACCACGCACACGAAUACAUCCCAGACUACCAAUACAUCAAUAGAUCCAUGCCCACACAAGGCCUGGGAAUCACCGCACCCUUCCCGAGUGAAUAUCCCCGGACUUCGGCCCCGAAUUCCACUUUCCUUUACGGUCCAGCCUCACCUCAGCAGCACAACAUGGUCCAAACACCCGGCAGGUCGCCUGCGGCUAGCCCAAACAAUCGCAUCAAUGACAGGGUCAUCAAGAGAACACGCGCUAUUCUCCCCAACCCAAAUGGAAUGAAUCGGGAACUCAAGAAUGUCGCACCUUUAGAUUUGCCCAAGAAACGAGCUUCCAGCCGCGGGCGUCGUGACCCCCAAGCCGAAGAGGAAGAUGCUUUUGUCGAGAGCCUGCGAAAUCAGAAUGUAGCCUGGAAGAGAGUGCGCGAAGAAUAUUCGCAAAGAUUCCAUAAAGAUGCUAGCGAAGCUCGUCUACAGAUGCGUCUGCUUCGCCGCCAGCGAGAGCGAACGACCCACUGGGAUAAAUCAGAUAUUCAACUCCUCAUCAGGGCUGAUGACAUGUGGGAAAAGGAAAAAUACCACUUCAUUGCAAUGAAGAUGGAAGAACUUGGAGCUACAAAACCAUAUACGGCUGAUCAGUGCCAGGCACAACUUCGGCUUUUAAAGGCAAAACAAGAGCACCGUGACCGUCUAAGCUUUUCACCAUCUGCCAGUGCCAUAUCUGAUCCUGCUCCUAACACCCCCACAAUGUCUCGGAAACGUCUUCGAGCACAGAGUUUUGAGCCAGGGCUAGGGGUUGAGAUCAUUGAACCGUUCUUUUAG